AUGUCCGAAUCCAAGCCGCAUUUCCUCAAGUUUACCGGCCACAAAAACUUGGCCCAGCGCCUCGUCCUCUCCACCCUCACCGGCCGUCCAGUACAUAUCUCCCAGAUCCGAACGACAUCGCCGACGAGUCCGGGUCUUGCCCCCCACGAAGUCUCCCUCCUCCGCCUCCUCGAGGCCGUCACCAAUGGCUCCUCCAUGCAGAUAUCAUAUACCGGUACUACCAUCACAUAUUCGCCCGGUCUCAUCACUGGAGUUGCUCCUGGUGUUGGUGCAGUAGGCGAUGCCGGCGACGUCAUAGAACACAGCCUCCCCGCCACAUGUACGCGAGGUGUCACAUACUUUCUGCUCGCCCUGUGCCAACUGGCCCCUUUCUCGAAAGCCCACAUGAAUGUGCGGUUCACGGGGCCCGGCGUCAUCACAUCAGCCACAGAAACCGGCGAUCUCUCCGUCGAUUCCUUCCGAACUGCCAUCCUGCCCUUAUACAACCUAUUUGGAAUCCCCGCCAUGCGGAUAGAACUGAGAGUGCUACAAAGGGCGUGUGCCGGCCCCAGAGGCCUCGGUGGUGCCGGUAUCGUUGAGCUCAGAUUCGCCAGUCAGGUGCGGCUACCCAAAACAUUACAUCUCAACCGGAACCCCGGCAGGAUACGGCGGAUACGGGGUGUGUCGUACGCCACCGGUGUUUCCGCGAGCAACAAUGCACGUAUGAUUCAUUCGGCCAGGGAGGUGUUGAACCCGUUUGUCGCCGACAUACACAUUGCAGCCCAAUACGAUCAAGCACCACUGGUCGCGACAGGAGACAAGGCUGGGCAAAAACGAAGAAUGGGUAUCGGUUUUGGCCUGAGUCUGGUAGCAGAAUCGAGUGCGACUGGUGUCCUGUAUUCGGCAGACAUCGUUGCGCCGGCGGAAGGAGGCGUCGUCUCUGAAGAUCUGGGCAAGCGGUGCGCAUAUCAACUGCUGGAAAGAAUAGAAACCGGAGGCUGCGUCGACCAAGCUGCUGCACACACAAUCCUGACUCUCAUGGCCAUGGGAUCCGAGGAUGUCGGAAGAGUAAGGUUAGGAAGGAAUAUCAUGGGAACGGAAGAGGUCAUAGGGCUUGCUCGUGAUCUAAAGACAUUCGGCGCGAGCAGCUGGGGGCUGAGAGAUGUGGAGGAUGACGACACAGGCGACAUCAUAGUCUCGGUGAAGGGGACUGGUGUUGGCAACGUCGGCAGGAAGGUAGCAUAA